UGACGCCGACUUGUUUCUUGUAAAACUGCAGUACCCUCGAGAUCGCAUCCCUUUGCUUUAUUCGCCUGAAUAUCCCACCUGGCAUAGUAUCACAUCAUGGGCGCAGGAGCCUUCAUAGAACCACUUGUGGUUAUUACCCUACUCUUCGGCGGUACUUGGGUGAACCGCAACACGGAAUACCGUCUUCUUAACCGACCAAAAGUCUAUCACCACUCGCCCCGCCCCGCCUCACCCGAGUCCGGUCGAUCGAGUCCCCUGUCCAGCACAUCACUUCUCGCCAAUGUCGACGAAGAGCCACGAUGGCAGACGCGCGAAAUCAAGAUUAUGGGCAUGCGCAAGCAAGUUCUCAGCCCAAACACCCGUAGAUUUCAAGAUUACUUCCUAUCAAGACUACUCCAAAAGUUUCCCUUCUUAGUCGAAGCAUGGUACUGGGCCCUGAUCUACUGGGUCUACCAAGUUGGGCGCGGCAUAAGCGCUCUCUACCUCAUCGACGAAGGCACCGUAAAUGUCGCCCGCCGCCACGCCUUGCAACUCAUCGCCCUCGAACAGCGCCUGCACAUCUUCCUCGAACUCGACGUCCAAGCAUGGUUCCUCAAACACCCCUUCAUUCUCCACUGGACAAACCGCAUCUACUCCUUCAUCCACAUCCCCGGCACCAUCCUCUUCCUCGUCUGCCUCUACUACUACACCACAACCCGCAACCGCGUCGACCUACCUCUGCACAACAAGCCCAUAGGCGAAGCAUCCGGUAGUCCCGCAGGCGCAGCUCUCUAUGCAGCCCGGCGCCGCACAAUGGCCACGUGCAACCUCCUCGCCUUCUGCAUCUUCACCCUCUGGCCCUGCAUGCCCCCGCGCCUCCUCUCCGACCCCGACGUCACCGGCGACAUUGGCAAAAAAGCCCGCAGCUUCGGCUUCGUCGACACGGUGCACGGCGCCCAGGGCGAAAGCAGCGUCUGGACCCAAAAUAAAUUCUGCAACCAGUAUGCCGCAAUGCCCUCGCUGCACUUUGGCUACUCGCUCCUCAUCGGUCUCACCAUCAUGACGAUUCCCCUCGCGCCCCAGCAUGCGCGCUCACGGAGUGUUGCGCUCACCAUGGGACUGCGCAUGCGUGUCCCGUCCCUACGCAGGUUUCUGUGUGUAGCGCUCGGUGUCGCGUAUCCGACCAUUAUCCUCAUUGCCAUUGUCGCAACGGCAAAUCAUUUUAUCCUCGAUGCCGUUGCUGGCGCUAUGGUAUGCGGCCUUGCCUGGUUCGGAAAUCGAGUGCUGCUUAAUUUGCUUCCGCUUGAAGACUACUUUUUGUGGUGUGUACGCAUUCACAAGCCUGAGAGGCGGUCGGUUGCGUGGGGUGGCGAGGAUUUCAAGUAUGGGUCCAAGGGCGUGGUUUUUGAUUAAGCUUAUACCCUUGUUGUUGUUGUUGUUGUUGUUGUUGUUUUUUGCCCAGGAAUGGGGGCGCGGGCGCGGGGAAGUUGGGAAAGACGAUGUUUGUUUGGAGGUGGAGUGAGGAGAAAGAGUUGGAUUAAGUGGUUGGGAACUUUGACAGCUUUCGUAUUUGAUUAAUACCCCCGCCGGUUAUAUACCAUAGGUUUUUCCCCUUUUUUGGCGAUACGCUCUUUGACCAGUAGCAAGCUCUGGGCUAUGGGAGUUAUUUGUUUAGACAGUUGUACCUUGGAAGACAUGGGUCAAGAGAUCAAGGCAUGGGACUUGAUUCUGUCUACCCUAUUAAUAAACUAAAGCAUUACUU